UUCAAAAUGAUGGGCGAUUAUGUUUCCCACGUCGGCGACGACGACACCGAUAUCGAUGCGGACGACUCGUCUAACAUCUGGGAUAUUUCUAACAUUACUAUAAACGAUUCACCCGACGAGGAUAUCGUCAAUGUAAUCCCUAAGGCCCGGACCACAUUCACUGGAAGAUCUUACGCUGGCGAAGAACUGCAAAAAAUGUUAGGGAACGACGGAAACUUGAAUACGCAUACUUCAGGAAGUGUCCAGGAUGCCCGUGAGACUGAAAACCCCAGACACCCUGGACUACCAGUAGCCCCUAUCCUGAAGUACUACGAAAUCAUAGGACCUCCGUGGAUUUCUGCAGAGCGACACAAUCUCCAUGACGACCAAAUCCCAGAUAAAGAAAUAUGUGAGUCUGGAAUCGUGACAUCUACAGAAGUCGAACAAAUUCAGCAAAACGAAGCAACGCCUCAACUAUCUAGAAUAAGCCAUCAUACCUCGGAGAAAACGCUAGCCUCACUUCCGGAACUUGAUCAGACCCCAGAGGGAAACGAUUUGUCCAGGGCACCCAUCACUAGUACUCCCAUAAUGGACAAAAGUGAUACACUACCAAUGUUCGUGGGUAUCAGGUUAUUGGGUAUGUCUAUGGAGUGACAGGAGUAUAGGGCGCACACCACCAAAUAUAUCCUCGUUUGUUUCACUGUAAUCUUCAACGAGAAUUCAUCGUUUAUUCAAAAUAUUUUUAAUUAUUCAUUAGUUAAAUUAAUUUAAGUGUAUUCGAGAGAGAAAAAAUGUAAGUAGCCAUGCGCUUUUUCUUUGAAAUAGAUUCGUUAUGGAUCGUCAAUAAUGUUCAGAUAUCGGUACAUUUUAGUGGUAUAUAUAUUUUUCAUUUUUUGUAAUAUAAUAUUAAUUCAAUUAAUACAUAUGUACAUUGAAGCACUACCAAUUACACAACUAUUUCCAGUGCAACCGUACAAUAACACGAUCCCA